AUGCGUCAGGCGACUGUCCAGGCGUGGCAUACUGCUCGGCGUGCUCCAGUAUGGAACAUUGCCGCUAAGCGGCCUUGUCCACUGUCCUCUAACCAGCUGCGUGGUCUUCGGUCAUUCUCUGGCGGCAAGCGCUCAUCAUACGUCCCAGUAGCGUCCAACUCCUCCAUGCAUCGCCGAAAUCUUUCCCUCGCCGUUAUCUCAACCGUCGUUGCCUCGGGGGCUUGGUAUGCUUAUCAGGGUGACACCGUGAAAGUAGCCGCCACUCAAAUCCGGGGUUUCGCUUCCAGCGCCCUCAACUCCGCCUACGCCGAAGACCCGACGGAGUCCACGCGCCGUGCACUACUGGUCAGUGGUGACCAAUUUUACACGGCGACGCUUUCCGGAGACCAGCCCCUUGCCAAACACACAGACGACUCAGACCGUCAGGUCCUCGAGAUGUUGACUCCCGAGCAAGCAACGCAGAAAUUGCGCAAGAAUGAGGAGUCUUACUUGGUGAACCGUGGGCAGGGAGUUGUUCGUUAUGACGUGGUUCAAGUUGCAAGCAACUCGCCUAUCGAGGAUGAUCAUGCGGAGAAGAUUGUCGAGAUCCCGGCAUCCGUAGCUGCUGUCAGCAAUGGCGAGCCAAGUAGUGAUUGGAUGUUUUGGGCUGUCUUUGACGGUCACUCGGGUUGGACAACGUCCGCCAAACUGCGAAAUGUGUUGAUCUCAUAUGUCGCACGUGAACUUAACACUACCUACAAGAGUGCUUCUACAGACCCCUCGCUUGUCGUACCGACAUCUGAAGCCAUUGAUGCUGCUAUCAAGCAGGGCUUUGUCCGUCUCGACCACGACAUCGUCCACGAGAGUGUGAAGGAAGUUCUCAAGUCUAAAGAGCGGCGCGUUGCCGCUGAGCUUCUUGCCCCUGCGCUGUCUGGAUCCUGCGCCCUGCUCAGCUUCUAUGACGCACAGUCUAAGGAUCUCAAGGUCGCGGUAACGGGAGACUCCCGUGCAGUUCUUGGACGCCGUGGCCCCAGUGGGAAAUGGACCGCCAAGGCUCUUUCCGAAGACCAAACUGGCGGCACACCGUCAGAGAUGAAGCGUCUGCGUGAGGAACACCCCGGAGAGCCAUAUGUGACUAAAAAUGGUCGGAUUCUUGGUCAACUUGAACCUAGCCGUGCCUUCGGUGAUGCUUUCUACAAAUGGAGCCGAGAUGUUCAAGACACCAUCAAGGCCAAAUUCUUUGGCCGCACGCCACACCCCAUGUUGAAGACACCUCCAUAUGUCACCGCAGAGCCCGUUAUCACUACUACCAAAGUGGAUCCCUCGAAGGGUGACUUUAUUGUCAUGGCAACGGACGGUCUGUGGGAGAUGCUAAGCAAUGAAGAAGUUGUUGGCUUAGUCGGCCAGUGGGUUGAGCAACAGCAGUCUGCGGCGGCAAGUGGUAGUGCCGGCAAGGCUUGGUUGCAAAACUGGUUCAGCAGUCAAAAGUCGCUCCCCGUGGAGACCGCGGCUGAUGGUUCGACCGAAGGUCAACGCCGCCCUAUCCGCCAACAGCAAUAUGACAUUGCUGGUGCGGCUAGCCGGUUUGUUGUUGAGGACAAGAAUGCCGCGACACACCUUGUGCGAAACGCCAUGGGAGGAAAGGAUAAGGACAUGGUUUGUGCGCUGUUGACACUGCCAAGUCCCUACUCUCGUCGCUACCGGGACGACGUUACCGUCGAGGUUAUUUUCUUCGGCCAGGGUCCUGACUCCCGCACUGUUGAAAUUAACAAGGAAGCCAGUGCCUCUGAACAACCCGUCAAGUCGAAGCUUUAG